AUGGCAUCAACUACAAUUCCAACACAUUAUCCACAACUUGUCGAUCCAACACGAACACCACUUGCAUUUCUUAAUCGAGCUGUUCCUCGUUUAAAUCGAGAACUUAAAAGUGAAGAUCUUUUAUUACGUCAACGUGCAGUACGAUCAUUAUGUGAUUAUCUUCAUGAUCCUGAACAUAUAUUACCAUGUCUUGAUGAAGAUAUCCCAGCUACGUUAUUAGCAUUACUUAAAGAUAAUGAUCAAUUCUGUCGUUUAAAAUCCGCUGAAUGUUAUUAUGUUAUUGCAAGUCAUGCUAUUGGCCGUCAAGCUAUGCUUGCUUGUAAUGUAAUUCCACGUUUAGCUGAAUUAUUUAAUGAUAAAGAAGCAUCAGUUAGACGAAAUGCUCAUAAAGCUGUAUCAAUGUAUAGUGAAGCGCCACCCGGUGCACAAAAUUUAAUUGAACUUCGUCUUGUUGAAACACUCCUUAAGAAAUUAGUUAGUGAACUUGAUGAAAUUAAAGAAUUAAUUUUGAAUACUAUUCAUUUUUGUCUAAUGGUUGAUGUUGAACAAGCACUUGCAGCUGAUGCCAUGUCAACAUUGACAUCAUUACUUGGACAUCCAUCUGAUAAAAUCAAAACGCUUGUAGCUUUAACAAUAUUUCAUUUAAGUGUUUCACUUAAAGGUAAAGAACGUGCUGUUGAAAUUGGUACAGUCGAUCGAUUAGUUAGUUUACUUGAUUCAGAUGAUAAUUCACUUAAAAGUAAAACAGCACUCGCUCUUUCAGUUAUUUGUAUUAUUACACCUGGAAAAUAUUGUACAAUUAAAGCUGGUGCGAUACCAAAACUUGUAGCUCUACUUAACAAUGAUUCAACUGAAUUGAUUGUUAAUGCACUUAAAGCUAUUACAUGUAUAGCUGAAGCACCAGAAGGAAGAAAACAAUUACUUGAAUCUGUUGAUCAAAUUGAUCAAUAUGUUGAUCAUCGAUUACCAAAUAUAGCAAAACAUGCCCAAAUUGCAGCCAAAGUUAUUAAAUGGAAACCAUAA